UCUAAAUUUAGCUUCUCCGGUGUUUUGUUCGUCUGUGUGGCAGCGCAGGAGGAUUAACGGCUUAAAUAGCUCUAAAUCUCCGGCUAAACAAGGUCAUGUCACUGGCGUUAGCUUUAGCGAGCUGACGGAGUCCCAAACGCCCCCGUGCUCCCUACACAUGCGCACUUCCCCUAGUGAGUGCACUGUCACGUGCUGCCUGAACCAAGUGCACUCCUUAGUGCAGGACGCGACGUUUAACACUCGGCCCUUAAGCGUCGUUUAGCUUCAAUCAAAUUAACAAACAGGCAAAAAUGGAGUGGGCAAGUCAGUUAUGUGAAAACAGAGGCUUAGGAUCCAAGAUGACUGACUCCAAAUAUUUCACCACCACCAAGAAAGGGGAGAUCUUUGAGCUGAAGGCUGAGCUGAACAGUGAUAAGAAGGAGAAGAAGAAGGAGGCGGUGAAGAAGGUGAUCGCCUCCAUGACAGUGGGUAAAGAUGUCAGCGCUCUGUUUCCUGACGUGGUGAACUGCAUGCAGACAGACAACCUGGAGCUGAAGAAGCUGGUCUACUUGUACCUGAUGAACUACGCCAAGAGCCAGCCCGACAUGGCCAUCAUGGCCGUCAACACCUUCGUCAAGGACUGCGAGGACCCGAACCCUCUGAUCCGAGCUCUGGCUGUUCGCACCAUGGGCUGCAUACGUGUGGAUAAGAUCACCGAGUAUCUGUGCGAACCCCUGCGCAAGUGUCUGAAGGACGAGGAUCCCUACGUGAGGAAGACCGCGGCCGUGUGCGUGGCUAAACUCCACGACAUCAACGCACAGCUGGUGGAGGAUCAGGGCUUCCUGGACACGCUGAAGGACCUGAUCUCCGACUCCAACCCCAUGGUGGUAGCGAAUGCUGUAGCCGCUCUGUCAGAGAUCGCCGAGUCACACCCCAAUAGUAACCUGCUGGACCUGAACCCUCAGACCAUCAACAAGCUGCUGACGGCCCUGAACGAGUGCACCGAGUGGGGACAGAUCUUCAUCCUGGACUGUCUGGCUAACUACACACCGCGCGACGACCGCGAGUCCCAGAGUAUCUGUGAGAGAGUGACCCCUCGGCUGUCUCACGCUAACUCCGCCGUGGUCCUGUCUGCUGUCAAAGUGCUUAUGAAGUUUAUGGAGAUGCUUCCUAAAGACCUGGACUAUUACGGGACUCUGCUGAAGAAACUGGCUCCUCCUCUGGUCACUCUGCUCUCAGCAGAACCCGAGCUGCAGUAUGUGGCUCUGAGGAACAUCAACCUCAUUGUCCAGAAACGGCCUGAGGUCCUGAAGCACGAGAUGAAGGUGUUCUUUGUCAAAUAUAACGACCCAAUAUACGUCAAGCUGGAGAAGCUGGACAUCAUGAUCCGCCUGGCCUCUCAGGCCAACAUCGCACAGGUACUGGCCGAGCUGAAGGAAUACGCCACAGAAGUGGACGUGGAUUUCGUACGCAAAGCCGUCCGUGCCAUCGGCCGCUGUGCCAUCAAAGUGGAGCAAUCAGCCGAGCGCUGCGUCAGCACCCUGCUGGACCUCAUUCAGACCAAGGUCAACUACGUGGUGCAGGAAGCCAUCGUGGUCAUCAAGGAUAUUUUCCGCAAGUACCCUAACAAGUACGAAAGUGUGAUAGCCACCCUGUGUGAGAACCUGGACUCUCUGGAUGAACCUGAGGCAAGGGCAGCGAUGAUCUGGAUUGUUGGAGAAUACGCUGAGAGGAUCGACAACGCAGACGAGCUGCUGGAGAGCUUCCUGGAGGGGUUUCACGACGAGAGCACACAGGUGCAGCUGCAGCUCCUCACCGCCAUCGUCAAACUGUUCCUCAAGAAGCCCACUGAGACCCAAGAGCUUGUCCAGCAAGUGCUCAGCUUGGCCACACAGGACUCUGAUAACCCGGAUCUCCGUGACCGCGGCUACAUCUACUGGCGCCUGCUGUCCACCGACCCGGUGGCAGCGAAGGAGGUGGUGCUGGCUGAGAAGCCUCUGAUCUCCGAAGAGACGGAUCUGAUCGAACCCACGCUGCUGGACGAGCUCAUCUGCCACAUCGGCACGCUGGCCUCCGUCUAUCACAAACCACCCAGUGCCUUUGUCGAAGGCAGCCGAGGGGUGCAGCACAGACGCCUUCCUGCCCGCACCGGCUCGGGUGAGAGCACCGAAAGCCCAGAUGUCGGCCAGACGGUGGGCGGAGUCUCCGAUGCUCCACCUGCUGUCAUCCCCUCUCAGGGUGAUCUCCUGGGUGACCUGCUUAACUUGGACUUGGCUCCGCCCACCACUACCGUGCCCUCCGUACCUCCUGCCAUGCAGAUGGGGGCCGUGGACCUUCUGGGUGGAGGCCUGGACAGUCUGAUGGGAGAUGAAUCAGAAACGUCGAGCUCACACUGCAGGGCGGAGGUGCAGUCUCCUGCUCCACACUCUGACUAUAGAGAGGGAGAGCUGAGCGGAGACAUCGGCGGCGGUCCUGCGAUGGGCAUGGGUCUCGGGGGUGCUCCUGUAGGAGCGCCGGCAGGGCUUGGCGGUGCCCCGGCUGUCGGAGGCGGUCUUGGUGACCUGUUUGAUCUUGGUGGGGGUGUCGUCAUGUCAACAGGAGCCUAUGUGCCACCCAAAACAGUGUGGCUGCCGGCGAUGAAGGCGAAAGGCCUGGAGAUCUUGGGAACGUUCGCUCGGCGCGGCGGCGUGAUCCACAUGGACCUGUCUCUCACCAACAAGGCCAUGAGCGUCAUGACCGACUUCGCCAUCCAGUUCAACAAGAACAGUUUCGGGCUGGCUCCUGCUGGUCCUCUGCAGGUUCUGACUCCUCUCAGCCCCAAUCAGACAGUGGACGUGAGCCUCCCGCUCAGCACCAGUGGCCCAGUCAUGAAAAUGGAUCCUCUCAGCAACCUCCAGGUGGCCAUAAAGAAUAACAUCGACGUCUUCUACUUCAGCUGCCAGUACCCCAUCAGCCUGCUGUAUGUCGAGGAUGGGAAGAUGGAUCGUCAGGUGUUCCUGGCCACCUGGAAGGACAUUCCCACUGAAGGCGAGACACAGUUUCAGAUAAAGGACUGCCAUCUCAGUGCAGACGCAGUCAGUAACAAGCUGCAGGGCAGUAACGUGUUCACUGUGGCCAGACGCACCGCAGACGGCCAGGAGCUCCUCUACCUGUCCGUCAAAUUCACCAAUGGCAUCUGGGUGCUCGCUGAGCUGCGUGUACAGAGCGGAAACCCUAACCACAUGGAUCUGGAGCUGUCAGUGAGGUGUCGUGCCCCUGAGGUCUCUCAGCACAUCUAUCAGAGCUUCGAGUUGAUCCUCCAUAACUGAACCUUCUUGGAGUCGGACUAGAAGCCGAGCCUGGACCGGACUCGUCCCGACACCUCGUCCACUCACCUCUGUCUCUCAGCCACACACGAUCAGGCUGAACUGCUUUUAAUCUGUCACUCCCCCCCCCCCACCCCCCAGUGUCCUAUUCCUCUCUGAGUUCAUUACAGCACAUCUACAAUCUGUUUGUUGUUGUUUUUCGAGUGUCCGAGAGACGCGCGCAGGUGUGUGUGUGCGUGUGUGUUUAUGCGUGCGUGUGUGUGUGUACGUAAAUCACAGCCCUUAUUAAACAUCCUUUAAAUAGCUUUAUUUCUCAUAAAACAAACCCAAAUGUAGUCCACAUGCUAAACCUGCUCAGGCUGUCAUCAUGCUUUUAGUUGCAUUAGUCUCAUGUACAGGUGAACACUACAGCAGCACAUUAACACUGGACCAGUGACAGCCGAACAACAGCAGAAAAGUGCAUCAAGGUUUGGACUGUUAGACCACGCUGGGGUUUUUAGUUUGUCUUCUGUCUUUUCGUCGUAACGUGCAGCUGGAGAAUUGUGUUAAUUAGUGAUGAUAAAGUUUCCUUUUCUUAUGAGAUUAUUCCGUGUGUGUGUGUGUGUGUGUGUGUCUCAGUUCUACCUGAUUGGAUUAAUGAAGACAGAUGCUAGAAAGUGUGUUAUUGUGUGUUCUGAUUUUUAAUAGCUGUAUGAGUAAAAGCCUGACAGAUUCUUAUCCUCA